GUGGCACCAGAGACGAGAGCCAGUCGCUUUCGAAGUGUCAGCCAGCCUACAAUGUGACUGACAGCUAUUUGCACCAAUUGAUCUACUGGACAAACGUAAAAUAGCCAAUCAGAUUGAUGCCUCGUGGAUGUGUCUUCAAUGGAUUUUCCAAGCGAAAAACAUAUCCACUGGACUAUAAAAGUUGACAUCAGAGUCAAAGUUAAGCCUAGUAAUCUUCAGUGGCAGUGGAGACCCGUCUUUAAACAUAAACGGGUUUUUUGAAAAACAUUAUUGUGUCAGAACAACACGGGCGGAUUCGUCAUUUUGAUGCACCGAAGUGCGCGGUCUGUUAAUGCGAAUGACUUUUUGAUCCAGAUUUAUUGACAGGUACAGUGACAAAAAGGUUGAUCAAUUUAAGUUGGUUUUAAGUAUAAUAGUUGUGUAAUUUAUCUCUAUGGCAUAAUAUAAAUUGUAUCUUUUUUAUAGCCAGUGUGUGUGUAGCCUAUAGGUCAGUUAUUUAUCUCGUUUUAAUAUUGUAAUGAAAUACAUUUUCAUGUCAGUUCAAAGAAGACUAUCCCCUGUGUUGUAUUAUUACAUAGUUGCUUGUUCAUGAGAUUCAUGAUUUUGUUUAUGUAUUUAGGGGGCUAUGAGUUAGUCGAGUCCUUAUAGGCAGCGCAAAGUCCACUUAAUGACAUAAGCCUUAAGCACGCAGGGGUCUUGAGUAGCCAACCAAUUACCGGAAAGGGGGCAACGGCUACCGGGAAAUAAUGAAUAUUAAAUUACCUGUCACAAAUAUUACAGCUCGCUUUUUAUGGUUUGUUUGAAAUUACAGAGGUAACAUUUUCCUCUGUGGAUGACAAUAUUAUCCUGUUUGGGUUAGAAAGUGGAGAUCUGAAGACAUCUUAAUCAAUUGACAUUUCUCGCCAAAUAGAAGUUUUGGUAGAUGGGCUGUAAGUGACAUAUAGGGAGAAAGCAAACGUCCUUUUAAAGGGGGAGUUGAAAACGGAGGGUGGAGCGUAUAGGCCUACCCUCCUUAUUCUAAAACUGUAUGACACUGGGUACUUUUUAUAUGUAUAUACCCCAAACAUAUGUCACAUAAUGUGCCUGCCCUAACAGUCUUUUCUACAUCCUAACUCAACCUCAUUUCUUUUUGUGUAUUGUUUAUUGUUUUAACUUCUUUUCUCCCUUCGCCCUUUACCUUUCUCUCUGUAUUCAUUCCACAUGUUUAAUCUCAUGUUCGCCUAUUUACUUAUAACAUUCCACAUCCUCAGUUGCAUACCACGCUCCCCCUCUCCAUCUUUUCAUCUGAUUAAGUGUCGUCAUUACUCUGCUUGAUAGCUUUAAAUAUUUAUGGCAUGACAACUGAGCUGCACGAAUUUGGAGUGAGAGAGAUUACAUGAAGAGGAGCUUGUGUGUAACCAGUCCAGUCCAGACUGUAAUGGUUGCUCAGGUCACUGCGGGGGACUUCUCCCAUUCUCAGCAUUGGCUCCACUUCCCCUAAUUGGGUUAUGUUUGCCAAGGCAACAGCAAACUUUGUACGCCACAUCGAUCCGGACGGAACCCUGAUCCAUGUCUCUCGCCUUAAUGACUCAGACAAGCUGGUUCCCAUGGCGCUGGUUGUCAAGCGCAACCGAUUCUGGUUCUGGCAGAAACCCAAAUACCGGCCCUCUGACUUUACCCUUGGUCACCUGCUGCUAGGAGACACACCCCUCUGUCCAGUUGUGUCGGAGUCAGAGUUCCUCACCUACGAGGGGAAGUUUGGGGACACGCUAAGCAGCAAGCUGGAUGCCAAGGCAGGAAACCUCAGUGUGAACCUGGAGGGCCGGGGCACCACUAAGCUCCAAUCAUCAUUCGGUAAACUGAGGAAACAGGAAGUAGACGUUAUGAAACUGCUGCAGGACUCCAACGAAAGGAUGUUGGACAUGCAGCAUGUGCUGGUGCAGCAGAUGGAGAAGAGAGCAGAGGUGUUUGCAGUGCUGAAGGAGAGGAUCCUCACCACCACGGCCUGCAGUAUCACAGAGACCCACCAGGGGCAGAGCUCCUGUGCUGGCAUCCUGGAAGUGCUGGGCAACCCUGUGGAGGUGUGUGUGAAGGAGAAUGGCAAUGUGCAGGUGGACAGUGACGUUGCAUUAGAGAUUCCCCCUCAAACUGUCAUCGCCUACAGCCUCAUAGAGCUGGAGGUCAAGAAGAGUGGGCACUACGUGCUUUGUUUACAGCCAGAUACUCUUGGAAGGUUUGAGGCGGACUCUGCGAGGUCCUCUCCCUCCCAGGCUUCCAUCGAUACUCUCUGCAUGGUGGACGGAGGACAGGGGAUGGAGGACAGGACUGUUGGGAGAGCUGCGCUAAGCUCGCUGCAGAAAGACCUACUGAGGUUGGACGUCCAUCUGCAUCCAUUGCUGGCGCUACCAGAGAACACUCGGUCUGCUCUGUUCCAGAGGCUCUGUGAGGUCAUGAUGGACAGAACUACACUCACAGAUCUAGAACAGUUGCUGGACGGCUGGUGUAGAGAUGAGAUACAUGAGGUUCCAGUUCGAUGGAACAAGUCUGCCUGCGCCCUAGUGGACCUUCUCUGCCAAGGUGUAGCCAAUCAAACUCCGAAUAUCACUUUGAGCCCGCCCCCUCUCCUGAUCGCUGCCCACCUGCUGGUCAGCGCCUUGGAGGCUUUGCCUGAUGAUUCUCUAAGUCUUCUGGUAGAAUGUAGCCAUGACGACUUGGAAGCGCUCAAUACCUUGGUGACCAGGCUGAAGAUGAGCAGUCAGUCCCUCCCACACGAGUCUCCACUCCUCCUCCGGCACAAUGACAGAGAAGAACACUGGGCAGAACAGCUCAGCUCGUCAUGUGUGAUACUGAGGAAAGAGAUUGACAGCCUGUGGGAAGAUAUACAAAGUCAACCAGGAAGUCUUCCAUUGGUCCUGUGUGUUUCUGUGCACGGACUUACUUCUCUGUGUGUUGGAAGGAUUUAGAGGGAGAGAGAAGGAGAGAGAGUAUCUGUUUGUUUGUGGGAAUGUUGCACACAUGUAUAGAAUGAAGUGUUUUUAUGAACGAUUCCUUGGAAAAAAUGACAUGUAAUUUUUCUGAUAAAGAACUGUAGGCUAUCAACCCAGUUUAACUAAACUGAUCCUAAUAAUUAUUAGAAUUGGGGUGCUAGAUUUGGUCAUGAGAAUGACCCAGGACAACACAUGAUAGUAUAGCUCUUCACAAGAGCACUGGUACGGACAGGACUUGUUCUGCUAUGUUAUUACAGUAUUACAUGUGACAAUGAUGGCACAGCGCACAGAAUGAAUAAGAGACUCAUUUAAAAAGAACGUCCGGAAUUUCUAAUAGAGGAGGGUGUAGUCGGUUAGAGCACUUUACUUUGUAGACCAAAAAGUGUCUAUACAUCAUUUGCGAUCAAAGUGUCUGCUAAAUUAAUAGGCCUGAAUAGCGUCUGCUCUUUACUUUUGCUGCUCUAAAUUGUCAUUCUCAGUAGUGCCUGUUUCUUUAAUGCAUGUAGGCUACAUCGUAGGAUACUGCGUUUACGUCAGCCUUUCACGUUUCCAACUACUUCAACAUGUUGGCUACAUUUUAUAUGAAACAUGAUAUAUGUCCAUUCCACAAUAAAAUAGGUACUUAUUG